CAAAGUUGAAUCUUUCAAAACACGUGUUCAUUAAAAUUUUGAAUAAAAUGCGGUUUUGUGAGUUUUAGGUUUAAGAGAACCGCAUUAAACUAUCAAACAAUUUUUGUAAUAUGUUAUGGUGAUACUCAUUUGUAUAAACAAUGCCACCUUAUAAAACGGGAUUACUUAAAAGAAAAAUAUCAGAAAAUACCAAUAAAACAGAGGAUAAUAGCAGUAACAGUAGCUGUGAUGAUCACAAUUUAAUUACCGGUGAUUUAGACAAAGAGGAGGAUUCCUCGGACUCUGACAACGAGGACGGUGUUGUCCCCUCGGACACCGAACUAGAUGGAGUAGUGUUUGAUAGUGGAGACUCUCUUCUGAGUGAUGAUGCUGCUAAUGAGUCUUUAGAAGAGUCAUCGGAUGUUAGUGAUUCAGAGGAAGAUGAAGCAUCAGAUGGCAGCAAUGAGGAGAGUGAUAGUGAUAAAAGUGAGAGCAACACUGAAGGCACAAAUGCAAACACAGCAAAAAGUAAAUUAAAGCCUGACAAUGAAGACAGCGGCGCGGAAUCAGGCAGCGGUAGCGCGCUCCGCCCACCUCGCUCACCUCGCUCAUCCCGACAUAAUACCAACAAGAAGCCAUUUAAGAAGAAAGAAUUUAAACAAACAAAAACUGUAGCAGACAAAAAUGCAAAUAGUAGUGUAGAUGCUUUGGAACAAAAGAUUAAAGAAGUUCAGGUUAACAUACAACCUGUGCAGGAGAAAGACGAGUACGAGUCGGGCGACACCUCGGACGAGGAGGGGCGCGUCAACACGGCGGGCGAGGUGCCGCGCUGGUGGUACGCAGAGUACGACCACGUCGGAUACGACGCCGACGGCCGCCGCAUCGCGCGCCCGCCGCACGCCGACCGCAUCGACGACUUCCUCAGGAAGUGUGAGGACCCGGACUUCUGGCGCACCGUGCGCGACCCCUCCACGGGGCAGGAGAUCAUACUGUCCAAGAAAGACCUCGAAUUGAUCAGCAGAAUACGGGAGGGGCGAGUGCCCAAUGCGGAGCACGAUGAAUAUCAGCCGUGGGUGGAGUGGUUCAGCGGCGAGGUGCUGCAGACUCCGCUGCGCGCCUUCCCCGAGCACAAGCGCUCCUUCCUGCCCUCGCGCGACGAGCAGCGCCACGUGGCGCGCCUAGUGCACGCCCUCCGCAUGGGCUGGGCCAAGACCCGCCGCCAGCUGGCCGACGAGCGCCGCCGCAACAAGGAGCUGAAGUUCUACGACCUGUGGGGCUCCGGGGCGCAGGAGGAGCAGCCGCGCGCCCUGCAGCGUCACAUCCCCGCACCGCGCCGCCCUCCACCCUCGCACGCAGAGAGCUACAACCCCCCGCCGGAGUACCUGCUCGACGACAAGGAGAUGAAGGAGUGGAACUCACUGGAGGAGACGCCGUGGCGGCGCAAGUACACGUUCCUGCCGACGCAGCACUCCUGCCUGCGCGCCGUGCCCGCCUACCCCCGCUUCCUGCGCGAACGUUUCCUGCGCUGCCUCGACCUCUACCUCGCGCCGCGCGCCAUCAAGAUGCGGCUGACGAUCAGGCCGGAGGAGCUGGUGCCGCAGCUGCCGGCGCCGCGCGACCUGCAGCCCUUCCCCACGGACGAGGUGCUGCAGUUCCGCGGCCACACCGGCCUCGUGCGCUCCGCCGACUUCGACCCCGCCGGACAGUACGUCGUGUCCGGCGGAGACGACGCCACCGUCAGGAUAUGGGAGGCGGGCACCGGGCGCUGCCUGCGCACCAUCGAGCUGGGCGAGCCGGUGCGGCUGGUGGAGUGGACGCCGGUGGGCGGGCUGACGCUGGUGGGCGCGGCGGCGGGCCGGCGUCUCCUGCUGCUCAACCCGGGCGGGCACGUGGGCGCACACCGCGCCGCUCACCGCACCGACCUGCUGCUCGCCGAGCCCCCGCCCGCGCACGACGUCCGCAUGGACGAGCGCACGGCGGGCUGCGUGCAGUGGGAGACGGUGGACGCGGCGCAGUGGGCGCGCGGCGUGCGCGUGGCCAUAGCGCACUUCAAGCCCGUGCAGCACUUCUCGUGGCACGCGCGAGGCGACUACGUGGUGGUGACGCUGGAGGAGGGAGCGUCGCGCGGGGUGGUGGUGCACCAGCUGUCGCGGCGCCGCAGCCAGCUGCCCUUCCGCCGCAACGCCGGCCGCCUGCAGUGCGCCGCCUUCCACCCUCACCGGCCGCUGCUCUUCGUGGUGACGCAGCGCGCGGUGCGGGUGUACGACCUGGUGAAGCAGGAGCUGGUGCGCAAGCUGUUGGCGGGCGCGCAGUGGCUGAGCGCGCUGGCGCUGCACCCCGCCGGCGACAACCUGCUGCUCGCCUCAUACGACCGCAAGUGCAUCUGGUUCGACCUGGAGCUGUCGUCGCGGCCGUACCAGACUUUGCGACUGCACGCCGGCGCCGUGCGCUCCGUCGCCUUCCACCGGCGCUACCCGCUGUUCGCCUCCGCCGGAGACGACCGCCACGUCGUCGUCUGCCACGGCUGCGUCUACAACGACCUGCUGCAGAACCCCCUGCUGGUGCCGCUGAAGCAGCUGCGCGCGCCGCCGCCGCGCGACCAGCUCAGCGUGCUGCAGGUGCGCUGGCACCCCGCACAGCCCUGGCUGCUGGCCGCCUGCGCCGACGGCACGCUGCGCCUCUACGCCUAG